GACGCUUUCCCUCCUAUAAUAUUUAUUCAUUUUUUUACAGCCUCUCUAUUUAUUAGAUCUCAAACAUAUUUUCAUAUCUUUCUCUUCCAUUUUCAGUUUCUCCGAUCCCGGGUUGGAGUUUCCCUUCAUCAUUUUCUGAGAAAUAAUUUCUAAUGGCCGCUCCACCCGCUAGAGCUCGAGCUGAUUACGAUUACCUCAUCAAACUCCUUUUGAUCGGCGACAGCGGUGUGGGUAAGAGUUGCCUUCUUUUACGUUUCUCAGAUGGCUCCUUUACGACCAGUUUUAUCACAACUAUUGGUAUUGACUUCAAGAUAAGGACCAUAGAGCUUGACAGUAAACGAAUCAAACUGCAAAUCUGGGAUACCGCCGGUCAGGAGCGGUUCCGAACAAUUACAACUGCUUACUACCGUGGAGCCAUGGGUAUAUUGCUGGUGUACGAUGUAACUGAUGAGUCAUCUUUUAACAACAUCAGGAACUGGAUAAGAAACAUUGAACAGCAUGCUUCCGACAAUGUCAACAAAAUUCUGGUCGGCAACAAGGCUGACAUGGAUGAAAGCAAAAGGGCUGUUCCUACAUCCAAGGGUCAAGCACUUGCUGAUGAAUAUGGCAUUAAAUUCUUUGAAACUAGUGCCAAGACAAAUAUGAAUGUUGAGGAGGUUUUCUUUUCCAUAGCUCGGGAUAUAAAACAAAGGCUUGCCGAAUCUGACUCAAAGGCUGAGCCUCAGACCAUCAGGAUAAAUCAACCGGACCAGGGAGCAGGAUCUUCACAAGGCGCCCAAAAAUCAGCUUGCUGUGGUUCUUAAAAUAUCGAUAACAGCAAAUGAAGCCAGGAUGAUGGGAAAUACAUCCUUAAAAUGACCAUUUUAGUGGGAGGGCUGAAACUAAUCUUUUUUUUAUAUAACAUUCUCAUUGUAUUUCUCUCUUUACAGCACUUUUCUUCCAAUAUCUAUUUGUAUUUGGUGGCAGCUCUUAGUAUUUGCAAAUUUUUUUAUCAGUAUAUUGCUCACCACUUUUUUGACUAAUAUAAAUGAAGGGACAAACUGCCUUCUAAUGUUUUUGUACAAACUUUUGGAGGGGUUUUUGUGUGGGUAUUUGCAUUUUAAGAUUGUUCUUAGGGGUUGCCAUUUUAUCAAUCAAAUAUUGUUCAACUAAA